GGUCUGCCCUUUCUCCCCUGGGCAAGGACGCUAUCUGACUGGAGCCGUGUCCAUUGCCUCCGUCGGCUAUUCCUAGGACCCUGCAUGUUGUCUUUCACCGCGUGCAAUUACUUAUACAUUGUGUUUGUGUACGUGUGUCAGGGGAAGCUGAUGGAGAAUCGUGCUCUGGACCCAGGGACUCGGGACUCCUAUGGUGCCACCAGCCACCUCCCCAACAAGGGGGCCCUGGCAAAAGCCAAGAACAACUUCAAAGACCUGAUGUCCAAGCUGACAGAGGGCCAGUAUGUGCUGUGCCGCUGGACCGAUGGGCUGUAUUACCUCGGGAAGAUCAAGAGGGUCAGCAGUUCUAAGCAGAGCUGCCUUGUGACUUUUGAAGAUAAUUCCAAAUACUGGGUCCUGUGGAAGGACAUACAGCAUGCUGGCGUUCCAGGGGAGGAGCCCAAGUGCAACAUCUGUCUGGGGAAGACAUCAGGGCCACUGAAUGAGAUCCUCAUCUGUGGGAAGUGUGGCCUGGGGUACCACCAGCAGUGCCACAUCCCUAGAGCGGGCAGUGCGGACCGGCCCCUGCUCACACCUUGGUUCUGCCGACGCUGCAUCUUCGCGCUGGCCGUGCGGAAAGGUGGCGCGCUGAAGAAGGGCGCCAUCGCCAGGACGCUGCAGGCCGUGAAGAUGGUGCUGUCCUACCAGCCCGAGGAGCUCGAGUGGGACUCGCCCCACCGUACCAACCAGCAGCAGUGCUACUGCUACUGCGGCGGGCCGGGAGAGUGGUACCUGAGGAUGCUGCAGUGCUACCGGUGCCGGCAGUGGUUCCACGAGGCCUGCACCCAAUGCCUUAAUGAGCCCAUGAUGUUCGGAGACCGGUUCUACCUGUUCUUCUGCUCCGUGUGUAACCAGGGCCCGGAGUACAUCGAGCGGCUGCCCCUUCGAUGGGUGGAUGUGGUUCACCUGGCCCUCUACAACCUGGGGGUGCAGAGCAAGAAGAAGUACUUUGACUUUGAGGAGAUUCUGGCCUUUGUCAACCACCACUGGGAGCUCCUGCAGCUUGGCAAGCUCACCAGCACCCCCGUGACGGACCGGGGACCACAUCUCCUCAACGCGCUGAACAGUUACAAAAGCCGGUUCCUCUGCGGCAAGGAGAUCAAGAAGAAGAAGUGCAUCUUCCGUUUGCGCAUCCGCGUCCCCCCCAACCCGCCAGGGAAGCUGCUGCCCGACAAGGGCCUGGUGCCCACUGAGAGCGGCGCCUCCUCUGAGCUGCGGAAGAGAGGAAAGAGCAAGCCUGGUUUGUUGCCUCACGAAUUCCAGCAGCAGAAAAGGCGAGUUUAUAGAAGAAAAAGAUCAAAGUUUUUGCUGGAAGAUGCUAUUCCCAGUAGCGACUUUACCUCAGCCUGGAGCACCAACCACCACCUGGCCAGCAUAUUCGACUUCUCGCUGGAUGAGAUUCAGAGUUUGAGAAGUGCCAGCUCAGGCCAGACCUUCUUCUCAGAUGUGGACUCCACUGACGCUGCCAGCACCUCUGGCUCGGCCUCCACCAGCCUCUCCUACGACUCCAGACGGACGGUGGGCAGCCGCAAGAGGAAGCUGGCAGCCAAGGCGUACCUGCCACUGCGGGCAAAGCGGAGAGCAGCCGAGCUGGGUGGACGCUGCCCCUCAGACAGCAGUGCCGAGGGGGCUUCGGGCCCCGAGCGGCCGGACGAAGGCAUCGACAGCCACACCUUCGAGAGCAUCAGCGAGGACGACUCAUCCUUGUCCCACCUCAAGUCGUCCAUCACCAACUACUUUGGCGCGGCAGGGCGGCUGGCCUGCGGGGAGAAGUACCAGGUGUUGGCCAGGAGGGUCACGCCCGAGGGCAAGGUUCAGUACCUGGUGGAGUGGGAAGGGACCACCCCGUACUGACUCGCUCCAGGAGAUGCCAGGAGCCCCGAAACCAACGGAGAGAGCGCUCUCUCCAGGCUGGGGUUGGGGAGGAAAGCAAGACACCGCCAAGUGCCUGGCGAAAGGCCCCUCGCGCCUGCCUGCCAGGCCGAGGCCCGCGCCGCUCUGUGUG